GUAAGAAAUGGCCUCUUCUGACUCUUAGAAAAUAAACUGGCUUUUUAAAUAACCCCUUUCCUAGAACGACAAGCCAAGGGACACCAGAUUCUCUGACAGAGAGGUUGACCUAGAAGGCAACAGAUACGCCUUAGAGAUCAACAUGACUGCCCCAGGUCAGCAGCAUACGACAAUUGUCAACCCUCCCCCUCCAGAAUACAUCAAUGCCCAAGGAACUGGCCGCUUGACAAAUCAGCUUCAGUAUUUGCAGAGGGUGCUCAUGAGAGCGAUGUGGAGACAUAACUUCUCCUGGCCGUUUCACCAGCCAGUAGACGCUGCAGGCCUAAACCUCCCGGAUUAUUAUAGCAUUAUUAAAAAUCCAAUGGACUUGACUACAAUUCAGAAACGUCUGGAACACACAUGCUACACUUGUGCUGCAGAAUGCAUUGAAGAUUUUAAAACUAUGUUUGCAAAUUGCUAUUUGUAUAACAAGCCCGGCGAUGACAUUAUUUUCAUGGCCCAAGCAUUAGAAAAAGUCUUUCUGCAGAAAGUUGCACAGAUGCCCCCCGAUGAGAAAAUAGUGGUGGUCAAUAAAGGGAGAAGGAAAGGGAAAAGAACGGACGCGCCCGAUGCAGGAAUCCUGCAACUUAACCAAAGCCAACAGCCAAAACAGGCUAAGAAAGUGAAGCCGCCUCAGAUGAUGACCCCGACGCCGCAGCAAAAUGCCCCAGAACUGUCACCGGUGACUCCGCCAUCGAACGUAAUGCCAGCUACUGAAAUGGCAGCGAAAGGGGUAGGUUCUAAAAAGGGUGUGAAAAGGAAAGCGGAUACUACUACUGCCAUCAUCACAGCGAGCAGUGAAUCCUCUCCAUCACCCAAUGAACCCAAAAUCGUCAAGAUCUCCUCUCGGGAAGAACACGAAGAGUACCUCUCAAAAAGAGACUUGCCAGACUCCCAGCAGCCACUCGAACCCAUGAAAAAUGCCAAGCUAACAGAACCUCUGAAAUACUGUAACGAGAUCGUUAGAGAAAUGUUCUCAAAGCAUCAUGCAGUCUAUGCUUGGCCCUUUUAUAAGCCAGUAGACGUUACAGCCUUGGGACUUGAAGACUAUCAUGAUGUUAUUAAGCACCCUAUGGAUCUUGAAACUAUUAAAAAAAAGAUGGAGAAUUGUGAGUACAAAGAUACCCAAGAGUUUGCUGCUGAUGUUAGGCUAAUGUUUAUGAACUGCUACAGAUACAACUCUCCGGACCAUGAAGUAGUAGCGAUGGCAAGAAAACUCCAGGAUGUCUUUGAGAUGCUCUUUGCCAGAAUUCCAGAUGAACCAGCUCCCUGCAGUCCUCUGCUCUACCCCACUGCAAGAAGCACAGCGGAUCUUUCUAGCGGCAGUGAUGCCGCCUCCGAGGAUUCGGAGGAUGAAAGAGCAAGACGCCUUGCAGCGCUCCAGGAUCAACUUAAGGCUGUUCACCAGCAGUUGCAAGCUUUGGCUAAAACAACUUUACCCAGACUGAAGAAGAGGAAGAAAGGGAAAUCUAAGAAGGAGAAAAGAAAAAACAAAGUCAGGAAGAAGUCAGGCAGUCAAAAGAAGAGAAAGACGAAGAAGCUGAAGAAGACAAUGUCUUUGAACAUUCGUUCAAAGACAAUCAAGCAGCAAGAUGAGCCAGAACACAAGUCUGAGAACGAGGAUAAUGCCAAGUCCAUGAGUUAUGAUGAGAAAAGGCAGUUAAGUUUGGACAUAAAUAAACUCCCAGGAGAGAAGCUUGGCAGAGUGGUCUAUAUUAUUCAGUCGAGAGAACCUUCACUGAGACACUCAAAUCCUGAUGAAAUGGAAAUAGACUUUGAAACUCUAAAAGCAUCGACUUUAAGGGAACUGGAGAAAUACGUUAUGGCUUGUUUGAGAAAAAGACCCAAGAAACAUUACGCAAAGAAAUCAAAGGAAGAGUCUGACUUUGAGAAGAAGCAAGAAUUGGAAAGGAGGUUGCUGGAUGUCAACGGGCAGCUCAACUCCACGAAGCAAAACACAAAACCAGAAAAUAAUGCUGUAUCAAAGACCAUUGGAGGGCCAAGCCGGCUAAGUGAAAGCAGCAGCAGCAGCACCUCUUCUGACUCCGAUAGCACCAGCAAUGAUUCCAGCUCCUCCAACGGAAGUGAUUCUGAAUCAGAAAUGUGCCUGCAGCAAAAUGAAAAUGGGCAAAAGGAUUCAUUUUGCAGAGAGCAGCUUAAGAUGCCUCUGCUAUAUCCAAGGAUGUCCUGCGCUAUUGUCCCCCAGAUACGGAACACUUCGCCCACCAGCAUGCAGUUUCAGAGAUCCACGGAAACGAGGAUCGCUCACCAGACGCUGCAACAUACCCCUCUGAAACCACGAGAACAAAGCAUCAUCUCUCCUCCAGGUAUAAUAGCUGUUGUUUCUCCACUGCACUGUACUCCAGUUCAGCAAGCCACUCAAAGUAGCUUGUUGCCAAUGGCAGUCAACCCAUCCAUUAUCCAGUCUCCCCACAUGCACUCAAAGGUAUCUUGUUCUUCCUCUUCGAAUAGCCUGCCGGGCAGUAGCAAAGAAAACGGGAAGACAUCACUGCAUCAGGCGCAGACAUCUGCUGUCCAUACACAAGCCUCUUUGGGAACUGCUGGCUCGAAACCGAUUAAUCAGGAACAAAAAUCGAAGACGGGUCUUCCAGAUGGUCCAUGUGGGCAACGUAUGACUGAUUCUGCACAUGCCGCUGUCGCAGCCAGCUGCUCCGAUAACAGCGAGGGCAAAAAAAGGAGAGAUGCUAAACCUCAGAUUCCUCUAGCAAAGGACAUCAAAGUCAAGCAUGCAGAUUCCUGGACAAGUUUAGGUAAAAUGAUCCCUGCGCCGGCCCCAAUCAAAUCCUCCAGUGAAAGCUUCAGGCAGUUCCAAAAAGCAGCGCUAGAAAAAGAAGAAAGUGAGUGGGCAAAGGACCGCAAAAGGCAAUUGGAGCAAGCGGAGAGGAAACUGAGAAGCCUCCCUCAGGAAAAAGAGAGAAACAAUGGGAAAACAGAUUUGAAACCUACUGCAGCAAAAGCGAGCUGUUCCCCUUCAAAAGCAGUGUCCACAAAAGAGCAGCUAUGCUUGACACAAAGUCUUCUUGGAGACCGUAACUUGGCAAGAAAAAUGGAACAAGAGCGUAGGUGGAGAGAAGCGAUGGUGGGCACCAUUGAUAUGAAUUUUCAGAGUGACGUUAUGGCAACGUUUGAAGAAACUCUGAAAUGAGAGGAAGGAAGGUGGCGUAACUUUGGUUACCGUUCUUUAGAAGUAAUGUUGGAUUGCAGAAAAAUACUCCAUUCACUGCCGGAAUACAUUUUUUGGUGAUAAUUCUAUCCGAACACUUGUUAAUCAUUUUUGAAGAGCCAGUAUAUUACUGUAAUAAGUUCAGUUUUUAUAAAACUUGCUACCAUUAAAAUUGUAAAGCUUGAAAACUU